AUGGAGCAGUGGCUCGUGAAGCAGGGGGGGAUCAACGCCUUCUUGACCGGCCCUAAAGAGAUCAGCUGCACGUGUACCCACGUCGCUCAAGGGGCCUACGCGUUCACCUUCAGCUCCUCGCUUGUUGGUCAGUAUCAGCUGUGGAUCUUCGUGGGCAAGUCGUCCGUGGGUGGCAGCCCUUUCCCUGUCCGGAUACUUCCUGGGCCAGCCAAGGGAAGGAGCUGUCACGUGACGGGCCUGGGGCUGUGGUCGGCUAAGGUUGGCAUGGAAGCUUCCUUCGAGUGGGCGGCGAAAGACAGCUACGGGAACAAGGUGGAGCAGGGAGGCGAUCCCUUCCUCGUGGCCGUCUUGGGCCCAGAUGAGAUCCCAGUUGAAGUGAUCGACCACAAGGAUGGAAGCUACAGGGCUGCCUACACUCCCACCAUUGCCGGGCAGUAUCGCAUCUCCAUCACUCUACACAAGGAGCACUUGGCAGGCAGCCCGUUCCUAGUGUCUGUACACGAAGCGACGGCAGACGCGAGCAUGUCGACUGUGAGCGGGGAUGGUCUCGAAGAUUGUCACGUGGGGAGGACAGGCAUUUCCUCAUCGAGGCGCUGGACAGGUACGGAAACCGAAUUCGGAAACAGGAGGGAGGAAGGUGGCGACGACUUCGCGGUGCGAUGCAGGAGCCCAACAGACACAGUGAACGCGGUGAUCAAGGACAACAAGGAUGGGUCGUAUGUGACGGAGUUUCGAUGCUUCAAGGAAGGGGAUUACUUCAUCGAAGUGAAGCUGGGCAAGAUAGACAUCCAAGGCAGCCCCUUCGUCUUGACUGUUGAUCCUUCCAGCACUUUUGCGAUGGAGUCCAUGGCCGAGGGCAUUGAGAAUGAGUUCGGUAACGGCCUCAAGAUAGCGCAAGCAGGACGACCUGUCCAGUUUCGAAUCCACGCGAGAGAUGAGUUCGGCAAUGUGGUGCGAAAGCCGGGAGACGACUUCCAGGUGCGCAUCCUCGAGGUGCAGGAAGGCAUCCGAGUGCGAGCCAAGGUGAUGGACAACGGGAACGGGACGUACGAGGUGACGUGGACGGGGAUGAUCAGAGGCGAGUACGACAUCCACGUGGCCCUCAAAGACGAGCCGAUCAAGGGCAGCCCCUGGAAGGCCGUCGUUCGCACUGGCAACGCCUCCGCCGAAAAAUGCACGGCGGAGGGAUCAGGGCUGGGAGGAAGCAGCGCAGGAGUACCGAACUCAAUCCUCGUGGAGUCAAACGAUCACUUUGGCAACAUCGUGACCAACGGGGGGGCGAAGGUGGAAGGAGUUCUCGUGUCCCUCGAUGGAUCCCUCAGCAUCGCCUGCGAGGUUGCUGAUCACGAGGACGGCACUUACACUGUGACCUAUGCCGCCAAGCGCAGCUCCGAGUACUUCCUAGCUGUGCGGGUCGACGGGGAGCACAUCCAUGAAAGCCCCUUCCUCAUCUUCGUGGACCACACAGUCACCGACGCGUCUCAGUGCAUGGCAGAAGGAAAGCACGAGCAUGGCGAUGGCUUGAAAUAUUGCUCGGUGGGCGAUGAAACUGGCUUUCAGAUUUUUGCAUUCGACACGUUCGGAAACAGGUGCACAGUUGGAGGAGACAGCUUCUAUGCUGUUCUCAAAGGAGAGAAGGACGUCAAUGUUGAGAUCCUCGACCAUCAGGACGGGCACUACACCUGCUCCUACACCGCCUUGUGGUCAGGCCAAUACCAGUUGCAUGUGACAUUGAACGGGCAGGACAUCCAGGGAAGCCCGUGGGGGAUCGAGGCGAUAGGAGCUGAGAUCCACCCGCCCUCAUGCUACAUCCAUGGCCCGGGGAUCUACGCGACGGACAUGUUCGGCAACGCGAGGACGCAUGGGGGAGACAAAUACUCUCUCUCCAUCUCAGGCCCCACAGUGUGCGAGGCCAAAGUUCGGGACCAGGAGAACGGCAGGUACACAGUGACAUGGUCGACGCUGAUCAAGGGGUCCUACUGGAUUCAAAUCACUCUCAACGGAGAGGAAAUCUCCGGAAGCCCUUAC